CGCCCCCCUUGCUUCCGCUGACCCUUCCGAGACCAACCUCGUUCUUCGUUUUCCCUCUUGCUUAAACCGGAGUCCCUCUUUGCAUAGUGCAUCGCCCCCUCGCGCGCGUCCGAAAUUUGUCCCGAACCCGAACCGGACUUUCGUUACCGUUGGGUCCGGAUCAUCCCCUAACAUCUACAAAACAUCACCGUUUUCUUUGUUGGACGCUCUACCCUACUUAUUCUCGACCGCCCGAUUAUAAUCGGAGGGCCCGAGUAGCCCCUAAACUAAUCUACCUGCUAUAUAAUCAGACCAAACCCUAUUUUCUAGGGAUCCUCCCCUGUCCCAUCCAUCUCACCGCCGCCGCCACUGUUCUCUCGGGAUCCAUCCCGAGCCAACCACCGUUCCUCCUGCCUGAUCCAUCCAUCCAGCACUCCCCACUGCUCCUCCUCGAUCUAGGUGCCCGUGCCCCCGAUCCAAACUCCCUCUCGAGCUCUCCCUGCCAACUAGUGCCUCCCCUGGAUCCCGUCUUCUUCGCGUGCCAUGCUGGAGUUCCACCUCGCCGGAGCACAGGACCCCUCUGCCGCCGCGCCAUGGAUGGCUGCAGCCCAAGCCGCGUCCACGCCGGGUCUCUCGCGCGCCCGAGCUCCACCUUGCGUGUCCGCCUCCUCGUCCUCAUGGCCGAAGCAACCGAACAGGAGGCCGAGCGCCCAAGCCCAGCAGCCGUGCGCCUCCUCCCUCGACCAGCCGGAGCUUCUUCCAGCCUCGCGCACCCGAGCCCCCGAGCUCCUCUGGUCGCGCACGAGCUUCGUGACCCCCAACGGCCACUUCGUCAGCCUCGUCGCCGUCACGUGCCCCCUCCUCCCGUCCUUCUCCUGCUCGUCUUCCCCUCUGUCUCUCAUCCCUCUCGUUUCCUCUCUGACCAGGAGAACUAGCUGCCGCCAACAUCGCCGGAGAUGGACCCCCGACGCCCAGAUCCGCUCGCCUUCACUGCCUCGGCGCCGUCCCUGUCGCCGUCGUCUUCAUCGGUUCCUGACGAGGACGGCGCCCCUCCAGUUCGUCUCGAGCGCCAGUCUUUGCCCGAUCUGGUCCCCGUUGACCGUGAGCAUUGGCUGGGUCACAACUGCGCAGGCCCAGCUCCCUUCGCCCGCGAGCCCAGCUCCGCGCGUCCCUGCAGGCCCAAUCUUCGGUUUCGUUCCGGAGUUGUGAGGAUUCGUUCGACUCCGUCCGCUUGUCUUCUUCAUGGACUCGUUCUUCUUUCUUGUGGGAUCUCAGGC